CCGCGGGACAAGAUGAAUGCUAAGGUCGCGCUUCUGCUCUCCCUGCUGGCUGUGGCUGCUGCUGACACCCAGCCUGCUUACUCCUACGACGCCCCUUCGUCGGAGGAAUCGGCGGAGGCCAAGUACGACUUCCAGUGGGCCGUGAAGGACGACUACUCCGGCAACGACUUCGGCCACCAGGAGUCCCGCGACGGCGACGGCACACAGGGGUCGUACUACGUGCAGCUCCCCGACGGCCGCCUGCAGAAGGUCACCUACUACGUGGACGGCGACUCCGGCUACGUGGCCGAAGUCAGCUACGAGGGCGAGGCUCGCUAUGACUCCGUCGAGUCCCGCGAGGACGUCUACGCCCCGCCCAGACCCGUGUACGGCUGAGGACGCGACUCUCCCUGCUUGCUCUCCCUGAAGGACGCUGCUCCUCCUCACUUAUUCAAAGGAUGCUAAUCCUUCUUACUCUCUCUAUAUACUGCUGCGUCUCCUUCUCGGUCUCUAAGGGAUGCAAUUUCUUAAUUUCAUGCGCCAUCGUCUUCGAGGUGGAUGCGGCUCGUCCAUCUCUGUCAGAAGAUGAUGUUGCUCCUCAUGAUCUCUCGGGUUUUACGAACUAAUUACAAAACCUGUUGUGUAAGAUAGAUGCUGCUGUCUGCAUGAUGGCAGCACCCUCACAUUAGGGACUAAGUAUGAUAAUAUGUGCAAUAAAAUAUAUUUUUGCAA